AUAGAGUAGACAAUAGUGGAUGGUGGUAGUGGAACCACUUAAUGCUAUUUCACCUUCCCUGUUUUUCUCCCUUUCACACAAAAAUCAAAAUAUAAUAAUUAAACAAAUCAUGUCGCACCAAAUAUCUUAUUUACCACGAAGAUGGAGUCAGGUAAUAGUAGUAGCAUGCAAUCUUCAAGCGGCGGAGGUAGAGGAGGAGAAGAAGAGUAUGACUCACGCGCCGUCGAUCAAUCCAUCUCAGCCUUUGACCACCACAACCACCAAGUGCCAUCUCUACCUCCGCAGCAACAAAGCCACCUUAACCUCCUCCACUUCGACCACAACAACGACAACUCUCUAGUACUACCAAACUACUUCAACAACAACACGUUCCUACCCGUAAACCAACAACCAGACCCGGUUUCUCAACCAGACCUCCGAACCUUCUCCGCCACGUCAUCCUUCCCUCCUCCUAACAACAUAGGAGUAGUCAAGAAAACCAAGAAAAGAUCACGAGCAUCAAGAAGAGCACCAACGACGGUUCUAAUGACGGAAACUUCGAAUUUCCGAGCGAUGGUUCAAGAGUUCACCGGAAUCCCAUCUCCGCCACUAUUUAACAACAACUCCGUCGUGAACACCACACGCCUCAACACUUUCCUCGGCUUGUCUUCUUCAUCAUCACCAAACUCUUACAACAAUCUCUUGCUACGACCUUUCGCUCAACAACUCCUCCCAACAACGUCUCCUCUCCUAUCCGGAUCACAGAUUCAUCAGCAAUAUCAAAACCCUAGCAACAGUUUCGAGAAUAUUAAUCUACAGUCUCUUCUUCAAGCUCAGAUUUCAAACAUUACUUCAAACCCUAGAAGCAAUGAUAACGUUCAGUUUGGCCAUGGUAUGUUGCAGAGUCCAUCUACUACUCCUCUGACGACGACGACAGUGGCUAACGGGAACAUAACCGCCGGUGAAAAUGGAGGUUACGGUGGUUCCGAUCGUGAUCAUAAUAAUGACAGUACGUGGUUAUGUUCAUCUUCAGACCAAAGACCAUAAUAGUAUGUAUACAUAUACAUAUAUAUUGUCCGAAAUCAAAGUUAGUCUGUUGACAUGAUUAUUCAACAAAUUAAACAUAGCACAUAUAUGAUGAUGAAGUUACUCGUUCAUGAUUUCUAUUUUUCGUAUUACACUCUUAGAAUUAGUUUUUUUUUUCUGUUUGUUUGUUUGUGGGUAGGAUACAUAUUCUUUGAAAAUUAGUCAACAUAUGCUUAUAGCUUAGUUUUUUUUGCUAAAGUGCUUAUAGCUUAGUUUUUACCAAAAGUAUAUAUUGGCGAUAUUUGUUUAGAGUAGCACCUUAAUCAUGUAAUAUGUGGUUUUAGAUCCGUGCAAUUAAUAUUCCUCUUAUUUUAAUCAUGGAGUAAUUGGUGGCGAAAAUUGUGGAAUCUUCGACUGCCGCAGGAUUCUGGAAUGUGGUGUCGGGACCAUAGUAUAUAGUUAUAAUUAUAAUUAGAAGAGUAUAUAUUUUUAUAAUGUGGUGAUGGUUUGAAAUAUGAUAAUUCACUGUUCUCCCAUGUGCUUAAUUAAGUCUUUCUUGGUGUCUGCUUUCGCAUCAUUUACAUUUUAAAGAGUCAAGUUCCCAUUAUGAUAUUUAACUCCGUUCUAUAUUUGCUUUUA